UGCACAUAUAUAGCCUACCAAGGACAGACUCUCUCAGAAACAGUUUCAGAGCUUCUCAAUCGUAUUCUUCAUCAUUAUCAUCAUCAUCAUAAUCAUCAUGUCUCCAGAAAUUAUGAACUUUGCUCUGCUGUUGUCGCUGUUGUGUGUGUGUCUCACUGCGGGCAUGGCUGUCCCAGAAAACAUUUUGCAGGUUGUAUCGUAUUCCGGUGCUGACUGUGAGCUUCAAUGCACGGCUAAAUACAAGCCUGGUGUCCAGUACAGAGCUGUGAGGUGGUACAAGGUCGGAGAGUCUCCGUCGUCUCGUCUCAGCGGCCUUUUGACCAAAGACCUCCCGAACGGCCCGACGAGUCUGUACAGCGGCGUGAAGCGAGAGGUGAUGCUGCUGGACGAGUCCCGGGACAUCACCCUGCCCAACGUGACGUGUGGUGACAGCGGACUGUACAGCUGUCACCUGGCAGCGCCUGUCGGGGAGCAGAACCAGGAUGGACUGGUGCUCCUCACUCUCACAGAUUGUGUCGACCUUCCCAAGGAAAAUCUGAUGACGGACACUUACCUUGUGAUUUCCGCCACAGUGGUGCUGAUGCUUGCACUUGUGAUAUUCCUCAUAAGCUAUGGCAGUUUGAAGAAUAUGAUCAAAGAAAGAAACAGGAGAACAACCAAAGAAAUUGUGUUGAAUGCACCGUUCAAACCGCUUGACAAAGAGGACUUGAAGUUGAUCUACACUCUGGGUCCUAAAGUGUCCAAAGCACCCACGAUGAAGCACGUCUGCGUUUGAAGAUGACGAUUGUUCUGGAAAACUGCAGAAGAAAGACCGGAAGCCCAAUGACCGGGAAGACCACCCCACAAAAAUAGCUUCUUUUUAGCGUAAGGACUAACAUCUUUACGUUACAACAUCUAUAACUUGUCCUCAGUUACGGCCUUUGUGAUUAAACGUAUGAAUUAGUGACAUUUAUUAAAAAUCUUGCGGGCCAUCACCUUUUAACCUACAAAUUCACCUGCAGCAUGUCAGUGGAACACUAAAGGAUAAUCCCUCCAAUAAGCAUCAGAAAAAUCGACAUAAUUGGACAACUUUUAAUCACAAUCACUGAUUAAUUAAAUGAUUCCAACCACUACCCCCCUACUUUUAAAAUCCUCCAGCCGAAGACAAGGACCAACUC